GGCGAUGCUGAGGGCGGCGGCGGCGGCGGCGAGGGCGAGGGAGGCGGCGGCGAUGGCGAGGUGGAGGGAGGCGGUGGCGAGGGCGAGGCGGACGGCGGUGGCGGCGACGGCGAUGCUGAGGGCGGCGGCGGCGAGGGCGAGGCGGAGGGAGGCGGCGGCGACGGCGAGGCGGAGGGAGGCGGCGGCGAUGGCGAUGCCGAGGGAGGCGGCGGCGACGGCGACACGGACGGAGGCGGCGGCGAUGGCGAGGCGGAGGGAGGCGGCGGCGACGGCGAGGCGGAGGGAGGCGGCGGCGACGGCGAGGCGGAGGGAGGCGGCGACGGCGAGGCGGACGGCGGCGGCGGCGACGGCGAUGCCGAGGGAGGCGGCGGCGACGGCGAGGCGGACGGAGGCGGCGGCGAGGGCGAGGCGGACGGCGGCGGCGGCGAGGGCGAGGCGGACGGCGGUGGCGGCGACGGCGAGGCGGACGGCGGCGGCGGCGACGGCGAGGCGGAGGGAGGGGGCGGCGAGGGCGAGGCGGACGGAGGCGGCGGCGAGGGCGAGGCGGACGGAGGCGGUGGUGACGGUGAGGUGGACGGCGGCGGCGGAGACGAGGGAGGCGGCGGCAAGGGCGACGCGGACGGCGGCGGCGGCGACGGCGAUGCCGAGGGAGGCGGCGGCGAGGGCGACACGGACGGCGGCGGGGGCGACGGCGAUGCUGAGGGCGGCGGGGGCGACGGCGAUGCCGAGGGAGGCGGCGGCGACGGCGAGGCGGACGGAGGCGGCGGCGAGGGCGAGGUGGAGGGAGGCGGCGGCGACGGCGAGGUGGAGGGAGGCGGUGGCGAGGGCGAGGCGGACGGCGGUGGCGGCGACGGCGAUGCUGAGGGCGGCGGGGGCGAGCGCGAUGCCGAGGGAGGCGGCGGCGACGGUGAGGCCGAGGGAGGCGGCGGCGAUGGUGAGGCGGACGGAGGCGGCGGCGAGGGCGAGGUGGAGGGAGGCGGUGGCGAGGGCGAGGCGGACGGCAGUGGCGGCAAGGGCGACACGGACGGCGGCGGGGGCGAAGGCGACGCUGAGGGCGGCGGGGGCGACGGCGAUGUUGAGGGUGGCGGGGGCGACGGCGGCGACGGCGGGGGCGAUGGGGGUGGUGGGGAUGGAGGCGGCGUCGGCGGCGACGACGGUGGCGGACGCGGAGGGAACAUGACGAGGCUGGUAAAGGCCAAGUCGCCUUGGAGGUUGGUAUUGUCACGGAGCCGUGUGAUCUUUAGCUCGUUCUCCGCGGUCACGUUGGCGGCCAGCUCAUCAAGCGUCUGGCCCUCCUCCAAGAUGGCGACGGAACGGGCAACGAUCUCCACCUUGUUGGCGUGCGAGAUGGUGACGUUCCUUCCCGCGCCAUCAUCCUCGAUUUCGGAGGCGUCAAGGAGAGGGUCCCCGCGGAUCGUGUCGGAGACGGCGGGGCCGGCGGCGGCGGCGAGGGCGGCGGCGGCGAAGGAGGCGGUGAGCUGGACGGAGGCGGCGACGGCGGUGGUGAAGACGGAGGCGGCCUCGGAGGCGACGAGCUCGGCGGCGGGG